CUCAAUCACACUUGUACUAGUAGGUCAUGGAACUUAAGUACUAAGUCACUAUUCAAAGCUCAAGCGCUCAAGCACGUGGCAUACUUAUUCUCAGUGCACCCACUGUAUCUAAAACGUUGUGUCAUUAAUAUCGUUGAGCCACGCUGAAGCCAAUGAAUAUCGAACGAUUGAUGUAAUUCGCAUCUAAUUCGCGUCUAACGCAAGGCAACGUCAAUUGUUCAAGUUGAUCCGAGAAUAACCACGUACAUGCCUUAAAACUCGACGAUUGAGCGAUCCUGGUUUCCUAAAAUAUGAAGAAACGUACCCUGUGGUUAGCAGGCCUUUGGUGUGGGCAGGCCCUGGCCGCGCCGCCUCAAGUUGUCUUGCACGCGGCUCCGAGUACAUCCGAUCGAAAACUUCAUGGACGUUUCCUGCACAUCACCGAUAUUCAUCCCGACCCAUACUAUGCAGAGGGUACUUCUCAGUCGUCCCAAUGCCAUCGAAAGGAGCCGUCAGACAAUGAUCAGCGGGCAGGAUAUUAUGGGACACCCUUCGGCGUCUGUGACUCGCCUUGGACAUUGACGAACAUCACGUUCGAACAUCUAGAGGAGCAUUGGAGCUCUGAGAUAGACUUUGUUAUAUGGACCGGUGAUAACGCUAGACAUGACGAGGACCAUGAGAUACCUCGACCACUUGACGAAGUAUUUGCUCUUAAUCGCGCCAUUGCAAAGAAUAUGGAAGAUGUAUUCCUCAAGAAAGGAAUCCCGGUUGUGCCAAGUUUGGGAAAUAAUGAUAAUACUUUAUCUCCAGGUCCUAAUGAAAUAACGGAUGAGUUUGCGUCCAUAUGGGAUGCAUUUAUUCCGUCAGGGUUCAAGACCUCCUUCCGAAACGGUGCAUAUUAUGCACUAGAAGUGAUACCCGAUGCACUUGCGGCGAUUAGUCUGAACACAAUGUAUUUCUACCAUAAUAACAAAGCUGUGAGAGGGUGUCUAGUCGGUGAUGCUAGCGACCCUGGUAACUUGCAGUUUGACUGGCUGGAAGAACAGCUUGAAAUGUUUCGGGCUCGGCAGAUGCAGUACUACCGAUACGCGGAGCUGAGCCUGAGAUAUCAAGAUAUCAUUUUAGGCAGUUUAUUUGGUGUGAGUAAUGUUUCAAAGUAUUUCUACUUUGUCGAGGCCGCCGAUCUCGAUGUCAGCCCUGAAAAGGACGGGAUGGUGCCUCAUAGUUCCGAGGGUACAAUCUUUGAAGCAUUGAUGACCAACUUUCAAGCCCUGGCGAAGGGGUCAAAGCAUUUGAAUUAUGACGACUAUGCGGUAGUCACGGUCAGCCCGUCGUUGGUGCCCAAUCCAUAUUUACCCAGCUUCAGAGUGUUCAGCUACAACAUCUCGGGGCUGGGAUCGACGACUGUGGGUGUCGUCGGUGAAGACGAGUAUCUCCUGAUGACAAAGAAGGAACGAGCCUCCCGAUGGAAGCAUUUACCGUAUCGUCAUGGUAAUGAUGGGAACGAUGACCGCCAAUGCAUGGGUGCGGGAUAUCGGGACUCGUGGAGGUGCAAGCUUCGUCCCUGGCGCUCUGAUAGCCACGCUCCGUCGCGGCAAAAUACGUUGUGGACACCUUUGGGAUAUGCGCAGUAUUACAUACCUCAACUUGAGGAAUAUGAUGAGAAAGACGGACCAAAGUUUAAGCUGGAAUACUUAACGUUCCCGAUUUCGAGCCUGCACCUCACGGAGGGACCCGUACCGCUGAGAAAUUUACCCAAGUCACUCCGCGAAGCAGGGGUAACGGAAUCAGAGCUUGCACCGUAUGAACUGCGUGAUCUUACGAUACCGUCAUGGUUAGAUCUAGCCUGCGAGCUGGGGAAGCCGCGGGAGAAAAAGCUCCGAAAGCAGUUCAGGAAGUAUAUGUAUAUGGGAGGGGAAGAUAUUUAAAAGGAGUGAGGCCGGGGUGUCCGUAUGAUUGAUGAUCAGUUUUGAUACGAUGUAGGAGGAUUAUUAUUUUUUUCGGUAUGGCGGUGUGGGAAGUGCGCGGCGGCGGUGUAGAGGAGAUGGAUUAUUAUUUGUGUUUACUUGAUCAGUUUUGUUGAUUCUUAACCCGUUCUAAAACGGCGUUGUUGCCUUGACC